UGGAGGAAAGAGGUCGCCAGCGAGAGAGGCAGAGAAAGAAAAUGAGGCUGCCAGGGCUGCCGGCUUUUCUUUAGCAGAGUCCAGGCUUGAAUGGGGUCCAGGCAGACUGGAAGAAGCAUGAAAUGGAUACAUGGGAAGAUGAUCCGGCUGACCAGCGAACCUGUCUUAUCUGUGGCGAUCGGGCCACCGGCUUGCACUAUGGCAUCAUCUCCUGCGAGGGCUGCAAGGGCUUCUUCAAACGCAGCAUCUGCAACAAGCGUGUGUACCGCUGCAGCCGUGACAAGAACUGCGAGAUGUCACGCAAGCAGCGCAACCGGUGCCAGUACUGCCGCCUGCUCAAGUGUCUGCAAAUGGGGAUGAACCGCAAAGCAAUCAGAGAGGAUGGCAUGCCAGGAGGACGGAACAAAAGCAUCGGGCCUGUUCAGAUCACAGAGGAGGAGAUAGAGCGGAUCAUGUCGGGCCAGGAGUUCAAAGAAGACGUCCCUGAGCACUCCUGGGGCAAUUACGGCGACAGUGACCACAGCUCCCUCAGCAAUGGCGCCUUGGAGGGCAACCAGCCGUCACCCGCCUCCACUCUGUCAUCCAAUCGCUCUGUAGAAAUGAACGGUUACACGGCAGCUCUCAGGGACCAGUACCUCAACACCUCCAUGUCAACACACUAUCAGCUCCUGCCUCACCUGUUCGGCUACACCGCCCAGUCGGGCCUGCUGGCCCCGCAGAGCCGCGGCCUCUUCCCACAGUCCCACCCACUGGUGCUGCAGCUGGUGGCUGCUGAGGACCUGGCACCCUUGACUACGCCCAUGCUAAUCGAAGAGGGGUACAAAGUCACACAGGUGGAGCUGUUUGCUCUGCUGUGUCGCCUGGCAGAUGAGCUUCUUUUCCGCCAGAUCUCCUGGAUUAAAAAGCUGCCGUUCUUCUGUGAGCUCUCCAUUGAGGACUACACUUGCCUGCUCAGCUCCACCUGGCAGGAGCUCAUCCUGCUCUCCUGCCUCACCAUCUACAGUGUGCAAAUCUUUGGAGACCUGGCUGAUGUCACUGCAAAGUACACGCCAUCUGAUGACGAGCUGCAAGGGUUCAGUGAGGAUGGGAUGGAGGUGAUGGAGAGGUUGAUAUAUCUGUUUCGCAAGUUCCACCAGUUAAAGAUUAGCAAUGAGGAGUACGCCUGCAUGAAAGCCAUCAACUUUCUCAACCAAGAUAUCAGAGGCCUCUCCAGCGUCUCCCAACUGGAACAGCUGAACAAGCGUUACUGGUACGUGUGCCAGGACUACACGGAGUAUAAAUACCCACACCAGCCCAAACGCUUCCCCGAGAUCAUGAUGUGUCUGCCAGAGAUCCGCUGCAUCGCAGGUAAACUGGUAAAUGUCCCCUUGGAGCAGCUCCCCCUGCUGUUCAAAGCAGUCUUGCACUCCUGCAAAUCCAGCCUGGCUGGCUACAGGACCAGCCCGCCCUGUGUGACCACCUCCUCUGGAAACUAGAUCCACGACCCACCUCUGGAGUCGAAGGACUGGUCUCCCCUCUUGAGAAUGUGACAAGCAGCUAGUUAGGUUUUUUUUUCUAUUUACUGUUUUCUUUAUAUAUUUAUUACACGACAGAGCUGAAUGUAUGCUGAUUUACACUGUGCACAUGCUUCUGUAGAAAAAAAAUGCUCGUAGAUGCAUUGGUCUUUGGAGUUUACAAGUGUGGAUCCAGUUUGCUUAAUGUGUCAGUAUUGCCCUGGUUAGAGCUAGACUUUAAAAGAGUUUAUUUUAUUCUGAUGGGGCGGGCGGACACAUGAUGACGAGUGUUUUAAGACUACCUCAGGAAGAUGUUGUUACUAUUUUCAGGUACCUUUUCUUGCUGUUGAAUGAAAGAGUCGUCCCAUCUAAAACCAAAUCCCUGCGGAUGUUUCGGCACCUCGAUCGGGGGCCGAGUGUUCACCGGAGCUGAAAAACAGUGUUCGGUGAGACUGAAAGUGCAAAGUUAAGAAGCAGAAUGUUGCUGCUGUGUCUGCACAGGUUCUCUGACGUCCUGUUUGUGGAAGCAGGCUGGUUAGUUCAACAUUCCACGAGCUGAGGUUGCUGGAUCUGUGCCGGCAAUGUUGCAAAAAGGAGCAUACGGGUAUUUUUUACAAUCAUAGACUGGGGAUGCGAGGCUUUCGCACAGGGGAAGGGCAGCGUAGCUAGGUUUGCAGAUAGAUUUGUUUUUUGACCAACGUUUUAUGCAAUGCUUGUUUCCAAACUCCCGUCGACGGGUCGGGAGCUGAUUUCUUACCAAUGAAGGAUCAGGAUGAGAAAUGAAUCAGUCUGUCAGAGGAGAGUCCCUCUGCUGGACACUCGCGUAUGUUGUCGGAUUUCAUACGAAAUGCUGCUAAACGUGCACCGCUUGCCGUGCACACUCAUAUGCAUAGAGCAGACAUGUUUGUUGUCUUUCUUUUCCCCUCAGCAUCUCAUCAGAGGGUUUUAUUUUUAAAUGUUGAUUGGUUGUUUGACCUAAAGUGUCAGGACUGGCAGUAACAUUAAAGUGAUAAUCUG